AGGUCAUAAAAUUAAAAUAAAAAAAUCAUAAAGCUGUCAUUUAUCUAUCAAUGUCAUUACUAUUUGGUUAUUUAUUUGUUUUGUUAGAUACAUUGUAAAACAGCGGAAAACAGGAAUAUAGAAUAAAAAAUCUGUAGGAGGCAAAUACUAUUUAAUAAUAAACCAAAGAAUUUUAAACUUCGAUGAAAAAUCGCUAGUUUUAUCAGAAUUAAGUAUACUGUCAUAAACCCAAAUUAUCAUCAGCUUUCGAUUCCUUGUAAUAAGACUGAUAUAGCAAAAUGCACAGAAAUCUACCACAAAAUAAAGAAGCUCUUCUAAAAUCUUAUACGACUCGACUAAAAGAGGAUGUCAAAAGCAUGCUGGAAAAUUUUGAAGAAAUAAUCAAACUUGCCAAAGGCGAAAAUGAUUCACAGCUAAAUAGAAUGACACAAAUUGAACAAGACACUUUUGAAAUGCAAGUCAGAGCAGCAAAUAUAGUGAGAGCUGGUGAAUCUUUGAUGAAGCUAGUCUCAGACAUCAAGCAAUAUUUAAUAUUAAAUGAUUUUCCAUCAGUGAAUGAAGCGAUAACACAAAAUUCUAAACUCUUUCGCACAAAACAACAAGAAUGUGAUCAAAAAUUAAUGUCAUUAAGAGAUGAUAUUGCAGCUGAUUUGUAUGACUUAGAAGAUGAAUACUUUACAAGUAUAUACAAGUAGAGUAAAACAUAAUAUUUUUAAUUUUAUAAACCUUAAACAAAACUAUUA